AUGUUCGAUAACUUGAAGGAGCAUUUGAAAAUAAAAUGGCGCCAAUAUUUAGCGGCAUCGUUAGCAAGUUACGGGAGUCUAUGUACGGGGAUGUCAAUGGGCUGGACGUCGCCCGUGCUGCCGCAGCUGCAGCGGCUGGAAAGCUCCCCGCUGCCGCAGGUGCCCACCCUGCAGCAGGAGUCCUGGGUAGCCUCGCUGCUGGUGCUCGGAGGACUUUUGGGUCCUCUAAUAACCGUGCCUCUGUCCCGGCUCGUGGGUCGGCGGUGGAUAAUCAUGGGGUCAAACAUACCCCUGCUGCUAGGGUGGCUGCUGGCCGGCGUCACCACUAACCUGGAGACGCUGUACGUCGCCAGGGUUAUGUGGGGCUGUGCCACUGGUAUGAUGUUCGCUACUGUACCUAUUUAUAUCGGGGAGAUUGCUGAGGACAAAAUCCGAGGAGCUCUCAGCGCUUUUUUCCUACUAUUCAUAAACGUGGGCUUCCUACUGGCGUACGCUAUAGGCCCGUUCACCUCCUACUGGGGUCUGACGGCUACUGGCGGUAUACUGUCGCUGCUGUACGUUCCCUGUACCUGGUACAUACCUGAGACUCCAUUCUACUUGGUUUAUAAAGGGAAAAUGGAAGAAGCGUCCGCAACACUGCAAUCUCUUCGUGGGACAUCGAAGGAAGCUGUUCAGGCAGAGUUGGAAGGUUUACAAACAGUCGUAACGAGGGAAUACAAGGAACCACCUAAGAUCAAGGACUUAUGGGCCACCAGGGGCAAUGUAAAGGCUUUAGGUAUCUGCGUGUUCCUGGCGAUGUUGCUGCAGUUGUCAGGUAUAGACGUGUUGUUGUUCUACAUGGAGGAGCUGCUCAGUAAGGUCGGCACCAACCUGUCGCCCUCGGACGGUACCAUCAUUAUGGGGGUUGUGCAGGUGGUGACCAGUUGCAUCACGCCACUAGUAGUGGACAGGCUCGGCAGGAAACUCCUCAUGUGGACUACCUCUCUUGGACUUACCAUCUUCUUGACUUUAAUCGGCGUGUACGCACUGAUGGACUCGUACUACAAGUAUGACGUCACACACAUCGCCUUCCUGCCGCUCUUGUGUCUUAUCGUUUAUAUGAUACUCUUUACUUUAGGCGUGGGUCCAGUGCCGUGGAUCCUAGUAGCGGAGAUGUUCCCGGUAAAGACAAAGUGUUUGGCCGGGGGUAUCUGCUCGUUCAUGUGUUGGCUGGCUGGCUUCGUGUGGACGAGAUUCUUCCGCGACGUGGCAGCUUCGUACGGCAUCUACACUGCAUUCUGGAUCCUCGCUGUGUGCUGCGGGAUCGGGUUUAUAUUCUCAGCCACAUUACUGCCAGAGACCAAAGGCAAAACCUUCGACGAAAUACAAGAAAUGCUGAACAAUAACAAUAAAACAAAGGAGGUCAAGCCAGUCGACGUAUAA